AUGGCUUCUCCGCGACUGGGCACCUUCUGCUGCCCCACGCGGGACGCCGCCACGCAGCUCGCGCUGGGCUUCCAGCCGCGGGCCUUCCACGGGCUGUGCCUGGGCAGCGGCGCGCUCCGCCUGGCGCUCGGCCUCCUGCAGCUGCGGCCCGGGCGCCUGCCCGCUGGCCCCGGGAUCGCCUCGGCCUCGCCAGCGACCUCGGCCCGCGGCCCCGCCUCCGUGCGCAUCGUGCGCGCCGCCACCGCUUGCGACCUGCUCGGCUGCUUGGGUAUCGUGGUCCGAUCUGCGGUGUGGUUAGGGUUUCCGAGUUUCGUGGAUGACAUCUCCGCCGUGAACAGGACAGAUGUGUGGCCAGCCGUCUUCUGCAUGGGGAGUGCACUCUGGAUCCAGCUGCUGUACAGCGCCUGCUUCUGGUGGUUGUUCUGCUACGCGGUGGAUGCCUACCUGGUGAUCCAGAGGUCGGCUGGACAGAGAGUGCGAGGCCGGGCAGGUGCUGGACCUGAGGUUCUGGACCUGUAUCCUCCCUCCCCCAGCACAAUCCUGCUGUACCACCUGAUGACCUGGGGCCUGGCCGCCCUGCUGAGCAUGGAGGGUGCCCUGAUGCUGUACUAUCCCUCCGUGGCCAGGUGCGAGAGGGGCCUGGAGCACGCCAUCCCCCACUACAUCACCACGUACUUGCCGCUGCUACUGGUCCUCGUGGGCAACCCCAUCCUAUUCCGAAAGACAGUAACUGCAGUGGCCUCCUUACUGAAGGGAAGACAAGGCAUUUACACGGAGAACGAGAGACGCAUGGGAGCCAUGAUCAAGACCCGAUUCUUCAAAAUAAUGCUGGUUUUCAUCGUUUGCUGGUUCUCAAAUGUCAUCAACGAAAGCCUUUUGUUCUAUCUUGAAAUGCAAGCAGAUAUCAACAGCAGCUCUUUGAAACAGGUCAGAAAUGCAGCCAAGACCACGUGGUUCAUGAUGGGGAUCCUGAAUCCAGCCCAAGGUUUCCUCUUGUCCCUGGCCUUCUACGGCUGGACGGGCUGCCGCCUGACACUUCCAGGUCCCAGCAAGGAGAUCCAGUGGGACUCGAUGACCACCUCGGCCACCGAGGGGGCUCCCCCAUCCCCCGGGGGCCCCCACGAGCACGGGGAAGGCCCCGCUCCCAAGAAGGAGCUGCCAGGCGGCGCGCACACUUCUGAUGAGGCCUUGAGCUUGCUUUCUGACGGUUCCGACGGCAGCACCAUCGAAAUCCACAUCGCAAGCGGGUCCCGCGGCGGAAAGGCGGCGGACUCUCUUCUGAAAGUCCGAGGAGACCCGUAG